GAUACCGAGGCAACGUGUACAAUACUUCAUCACACAGUAGUUGCAAUAUAAUUAAUUUUACAAUUUAAAAAAUCUAUUACGGAAGGAAAGGUUACGAAUAAUCAUCGAUUAAAAGAAAAAUGAUGGCAGACUAUGUGAUCGGUGACACAAAACCAGAUGAUGGACUCUCAGCAGCACAAUUAUUUGCAGCCGGCGACGGUCUCACCUACAAUGAUUUCAUUAUUUUACCGGGUUACAUUGAUUUUACCGCCGACGAGGUUGAUCUACUGUCGCCGUUGACAAAGAAUAUCAUGUUGAAAGCACCGCUAGUAUCAUCUCCUAUGGACACAGUUACAGAAUCCGACAUGGCUAUUGCCAUGGCUCUAUGUGGAGGAAUCGGCAUAAUACAUCAUAAUUGUACGCCUGAAUAUCAAGCCAACGAAGUGCAUAAGGUCAAAAAAUAUAAACAUGGAUUCAUUAGGGAUCCAGUUGUUCUAUCACCUACUCACAAAGUCAGUGAUGUUCUGAAUGUAAAAGCUGAACAUGGCUUUUCUGGUGUACCUAUCACAAAUACAGGAAAACUUGGGGGUAAAUUGUUAGGUAUUGUUACAUCCAGAGAUAUUGACUUCUUAGAAAGUUCACCAAAUCAACAAUCUACAAAGUUAGAAAUAAUAAUGACUAAAUUAGAAAAUUUAAUCACUGCAACUGCUGGUGUAACAUUACAAGAGGCAAAUGUUAUUCUUGAGAAAUCUAAAAAAGGAAAGCUUCCAAUUGUCAAUGAGAAGGGAGAAUUGGUAUCUCUAAUGGCAAGAACAGACUUAAAAAAAAAUAGAAGUUAUCCAAAUGCUAGUAAAGAUGAAAAUAAACAACUAUUAGUUGGUGCUGCCAUUGGUACACGUAAUACAGAUAAAAACAGACUGCAACUUCUUGCUGCAGCAGGUGUUGAUGUCAUUGUUUUGGAUUCUUCUCAAGGCAAUUCAAAGUAUCAGAUUGAAAUGAUCAAAUAUAUUAAAGUAGAAUACCCAGGACUGCAAGUAAUUGCUGGAAAUGUUGUGACAACUAUGCAAGCUAGAAAUCUUAUAGAGGCUGGAGCUGAUGCUUUAAGGGUUGGCAUGGGUUGUGGCUCUAUAUGCAUCACCCAAGAAGUUAUGGCUGUGGGCAGACCUCAAGCAACUGCUGUAUAUAAAGUUGCUGAGUAUUCAAGAAGAUUUGGUGUACCUGUUAUAGCUGAUGGUGGUAUUCAGUCCAUUGGACACAUUAUUAAAGGCCUAAGUUUGGGUGCUAGUACAGUUAUGAUGGGAUCUCUAUUGGCUGGUACCUCAGAAGCACCAGGUGAAUAUUUCUUUAGUGAUGGUGUACGUCUGAAAAAAUAUAGGGGCAUGGGCUCUUUAGAAGCCAUGGACAGAAAAGAUGCACGUGGUUCUGCAAUGGACAGGUACUUUCAUAAUGAAAUGGACAAGUUGAAAGUAGCUCAGGGUGUUAGUGGCUCAAUAGUUGACAAAGGAACUGUUUUAAAAUUCUUGCCUUACUUAUUAUGUGGCAUUAAACAUGGAUGUCAAGACAUUGGAGCAAAAUCUAUCUCCAGUUUAAGAGGUCUGAUGUAUAAUGGAGAAUUAAAAUUUGAAAGAAGAACAUAUUCUGCUCAACAAGAAGGAAAUGUCCAUAGUCUUUUCUCAUAUGAAAAAAGACUCUUUUAAUUAGGUAAAUACUAAAUAAGCACCAUAC